AUCAGCAAAAAAACGUUUUUGUGACCAUAAAAGACCUGAGGGACUGGAACCCUGAGGUGGAGUUCAAAGAUUGGGUUAGAAUAAAAAUUUUAUUUUUUGUCUAACUUUUGUAUGAUCGUUUGGUUUAUCCCCACAUACAAAGAGACCCACGUGCCUCCGAAUGCCUCCUGGUUUUAUAAGUCACUGGAAGAUUCGGCCUUUGACUUUCGAUUCCCCAAAGACAUGUUCAAAAAUAUUUCAUUUUUUGUGGUUGGAUUGGGCGACUCGACUUACAAGAACACAUUUUGUCAUUCGUCUGAACAAGUCGAUUCUUGGCUGAGUUUACUUGGACUCAUACGAGUAUGUAACCUCAUAAAAAUUGAUAUGGCCGAUCAAGUGAGAUCAGAGACUUCGAUAGGCUCUUUCCUCGACUUUUUGAUAAAAAUGUCAAAAAAUGACUUUUCCCCGUUAAUUGAGUCAAAAACAAUUUCCAACCAAGCCAAAGAUUCAAACCAUGGGCAAAAAAGAGAAAAUUUGCAAGAAAGUAAAGGCAAGGACAAAAAAAUCGUGGAUAUUGAAGAUUUGGGUAAAAUUGUGGACAAGCCGACACCCAGUGGAGUCAAACCGGAAAUGAUGUCUGCGCAAAUCCGUCAAAACCUUCAAAAGCAGGGAUACAAACUGGUGGGGUCGCAUAGUGGAGUAAAAUUAUGUCGAUGGACGAAGGCCAUGCUGAGAGGUCGAGGAGGGUGUUACAAACACUCAUUUUACGGAAUUGGGAGUCACCAGUGUAUGGAGGCGACCCCCAGUCUGGCCUGUGCUAAUAAAUGUGUUUUUUGUUGGCGGUAUUUGGGUUGUUUGAGUGAGUAG